GGUGGGAUUGUCAAAAAGGCGAUCCCGACUGGAAGGCUGAAAGGAUUGGACAUCUGGAAAGCAUCCCUUGGGACAACACUUCAAUUCUCUGGAAGCUGAGUGAGCCAGUAGCGGAAAAAGAAGCCGAUUGCUGUAUUCAUUCUACGCAUCCUGUCUCUACUUUAACGAGAAGAGGAUCUUUUCCGGAGAGAAGCUGCAGGGAUAAGGCUGCGAGCGUGUGGACAAGGCUUCAUGGAGUCGCGCAUAACUAUCAUUCUUCUUUUCAUUAUCAUACGAUACAUAUCAGGGAUGAAGGAAAAAGAAUACACAAUUACUGGUUUAAAAGAUAAUCCUGGAAUAUUUUUCGAGGCCGUUGGAGAAAUGCGUACGUCCGAAAAUUCUUGGAAGAUGAUAAUCUACAUCGACUUGCGCGAUAUUAAAGGUGCAACAGCCAAACUCGAACAGCAAAUGGACUCGAUAUUACAACAAUGUGGUGAUCACAAUUCACAUUGUGAAAUACGACCACGAUUGACUUCAUUAAUUGCCAAAUUGAAUAAGAUAAAGCAGUAUCAAGAUCAUAUACGCGCACUCAUAGGAGAAUCCCGCACAAAACGAGCUCCCUUGGAAUUUGUUGGACAACUUAGCAAGAUAUUAUUCGGAACUUUAACCAUCGAAGACGAAUAUGCCAUGCGUAAUGCAAUAAUGCAU